AUGGAAUCGCGUGACAAUGCUCUCGUAGUCAGGGCAAUUUUUCAAUGCCUUCUUCUACUCACGAGCGAGAUCUACGCCCUGAAUACAACUUGGCGGCCACUUGCACUGUGGAAUUUACACGGGGCUCAAAAUUUCUAUCCCUGUUCCUACGUAAGAGCGACACCACAAUCGACCACGCCAGACACGAUUGAGUGCAGCACUGAGGCAUCAAAUGAACUCGGCAACAGCAUUCCUUCAAUCAACCCCGAAGGCAAAGUGGUGCGAGAAAUUCGCAUGUUCCUCCAGCGUGGAUCCUACUCCCUUCCACGGAAGGCAUUCGAGAAGGUGGGCAAGGAUCUAGUCAAGUUAGUGCUUAGAGGCGGUCAGCUGCGCAUCAUCCGAAGGGAGGCGCUAGUUGGUCUGGCGAAUCUACGAGAAUUGGAGAUUCGAAACGACCGUCUGGAGGCACAGAAGAAGCGGGAGAACAAUGGCCUGGCCGGUCGUCUGUUUACAGCAGAUGGCGAAUUGAAGAACUUGAAGCAGCUGAGGCGGCUGACCCUGGAGAAUGUGGAUUUGAGCGAUGGAUUAGCCGCGUACGCAUUCUACGACAUGAGCAGGCACCUGGAGGUGUUGAGGCUCGUUGGCAACAACAUCGACGCCAUCAAUCCCUACGCCUUCGAGAAGAGCGAGUGCAGCAAGUCAAUGCGGCGGCUGGAACUCGAGAGGCAAACCGAGCCCCCUGAAUGGAUCGGCAGCGCCUACAGGUGGGCACGCGAUCUGGGCAGCUUGGAGAGUGUCUCGUUGAGCGAAAACAACCUCACCAACUACACCCUCGACUUCGGUUACAGCUUGAACAUGAAGCUAAGGAUCCUAAAACUGGAGAACUGCUCACUCUCCAGUGUGCCCGAGGUCAUGCUGAGUAACCUCAAGGAGUUGGAGGAGAUUGACUUGGGAGGAAAUUAUUUUACAAUCAUCUCGCCUGAGGAGGCAGGCCACACGUUGGCUGGAGUAAGGCAGUUGGCUAAGCUAUCCAAGAUUAGUUUGAAAGCCAACAGAAGGCUCAUCACCAGACAGCCAUCGUGGUUUCGACAGUCGGGUAUUCAAGAGUUGGACUACUCGGCGAGCCUCCUCCGUAGACUAGCGCCGGGGGAGUUACCACGAGGACUUCAACGACUCCAUCUUGAAUCGACGCACAUUGAAGAAAUCGACCCAGCAUGGAGUACGGAGAUGCCGCUGCUGUCGCGGUUGUACUUGAAUGCAUCCGAUUUGAAAGGCGUGAAAGUCAACGAGACAAGAGGCGACUGGAAGGCAGUACUGCUUCCGUUGAAGGACCAGUUGGAGGUGCUGAGUCUGGCGAAUUGUCAUUUGAUCAGUGAGAACCUACGCGAUACCGAGGAGGCUUUCCAACUAGCAGGACUGCGUUUGGGAUUGAACAAACUCGCCAGCCUUCGCCAUCUCGAUCUCUCAGGCAACUACCUGAGCUACAUACCGGCUGGGUCGUUUGAGUCGCUGUCGAAGCUCAACACGCUUAACCUCUCCAGCAAUCACAUCCAGACGCUGGCAACACUGGGAAACUACACUGCACAAAGCGAUCCCCCCAAGCUACACCACCUCGACGUGACCAACAACGCCUUGAGCAGUCUGUCAAACAGCCAACCAAGUCUGGGAUUCAGUGCGUCGCUGGAGACGUUGUUAGUGGAGGCGAGUGAUUUCUUGAUAAUUGGCAACCCCCUUAUAUGUGACUGCAAGCUGAGGUGGUUGGAAGAACAACGACUACACGGCGAGAACUUCACGUGCGUGGGAAGAAACAAACUUGCCGGUCUUGGAUUUCAACAAGUUCGAUUACACGACCUAAUCAAUGAAAGCGACUGCAUUAGUGACGACCCUCCAAAGGUGCCCAAUCCCGUUUAUCCCUUCAGACCGGUGCGUGUGUUCGGCUACGACGCGGCGAUAGCUCGGAUCUACUUCGGCGUGAAGCCGCGAGCACUCAAAACCGCCUGGGAGAAUAUCGCGCGGACGUCGCCCCAGCAUCACGCUUUUGAGCUGCGCAAACACGCGCCAGGGAGAAGCAGUCCGGCCUCACAGGUUGCCUGGACGCUGAAACGCGACUACGUGGUCUUCGAGGUGGCCUUUUGGCCAGUCGGGCAGAUUAACAAGAUGAUCGACCCCAGGGGUUGGCAGGUGAUAGACGAGAUGAUUCGUGAGCGCGAGUAUGUCUUUGCAGUUGAGCCAAUUCAGGCCAGUCGGGCGCACAUCGUGUGCUUCCGUAACGCCAUGGACGGCCGUGACAUUGCCCAAUCCACCCUCUGCCAGAUCUUCCAGCCGAGUGAGCUCACCAUGUCCACGCCGACGAAGCCCGAGCGAGAGUGGAGGCCGCACUCACACCCGCCGAUCUGGGCAAUUAUUCUCAUCACAGCGGGCGUUGUCACGUUGUGCGUGAGUUUGCUGUGGCUAGGUGUACGCUGCUGCUGCCGCUGCCGCCGCCAGCGACGCAGUAAGCAACAGGGCAAGCCAAAACCCCAAGACGAGGUAACACCGAGUCCACGGUACAGGAGUGGUUACCUUGAUCACAGGCAUCAAAUGGAAAGCAGCUACGAUAAGCUGGAGAAUUACUACUUCGAGAAGUCUCUGCCGGAUUUGGGAAGUGUCGACUACAGACCGGAGCUGCCGAAACGGUCGCCCAGGAUGCACCAAACGUCCACGUCGUCGUUGGGUGUACUCACGGGAAGAAAGUACAUCGCCGCGGCACGCAACAAUCAGACGAGGUCGUGCAAUUCGCCCUCCGCGACCAGUCACAUUCUCGUGAACCCCCUCGAGAACCAGAUCAGGACGGCGGCCAAAGUGGGCAUGGGGAGUCCGAGGCUGCCGCGGCCAGUGACCUAUCUGUCCAAGUCGUCACUAGUCCCGAAAACCGACGACGACGGCUACGUUGCCAUGGACGUGACCAACGAGGACUACCUUGAGGCGCGAUCUGAGAAGCGCGCCAAGAUGGAGGCCGCAGCGGAACCGAUGAUCGACUCGUACAUCCUUGGCGUGCCCACUAGAGCACUGCCACCGAAACUACCGAUCGCGGAGGAACAUAGGAGCUCGCUUGGAACAGCGCCGAUAUGCAGUCCAGAGUGCGAAACCCCGGGAUUACUCGAAAUGGCCAAACAAUGUGAGGCAUUUCAUUAA